AUUUCUUCUUCUUCUUCUUCUUUGGUCUUCUUGGUUUUAUUGAGCGCAACACACACACGCAUAUGCGGAUCAGGAAGCGUUUCUUGUCUCUUUCCGCAGCUGCUGCUGUGUCUGGAUCGUUGGAUCCUCACGGCGGAGACCACCAUCACUACCACCAUCCACCGCUACUGCUGGUGCAACAUCAACAAGUGCACCCAAAUGGGAAUCUACAUGUUCUUUAUGAUGAUACCCAGUCCCAGCCUUCCGAUCAUCCACCAAAUCAUUGUCGCUUCCCUCUUCCGCCGCGCUCCUCCGAUCACACCAUUCAGAUCGGAGUUGAACCGUCCACUUUGGUUUCCUCCGGUGCCGGCAGGAAGGAAAAAGAGGCUAUCGCUUUUACUCAUAAGGAGAUGGAAUCUGAGAGCAAGAUAGAAGUAAUCAAGACUCAUGAUGCUGGCAGGAAAGAAAGCAUCUUGUGUCCAGAAGCAAGCAGUCGUGCCAGUACUCCUUCACCACCAACAACUGCAAGUCUUGUGUUGAAAGGAUGGCUUGAAGGAGAUAGGCUGAUUCCAAUAAAGAAGAGAAGAGGGAGCUUUGGGAAAAAAGUGAACCAUGAUGUUGAGGAAGAUCAUGAAAUCGUUGAGGAAACAAUGAAUCCAAAGACAACGAAGAACGAUAAAUGUGUUGCAAAACCGGAGGUGAGUGCAACUUGUCCAAAGAAGAAGAACAAGAAUGGGAAGAGAGGGAAUGUGAUAAUGGAAGGAUCAAGGUGUAGUCGAGUAAACGGAAGGGGAUGGAGGUGCUGCCAACAAACCCUUGUUGGAUACUCGUUAUGUGAGCAUCAUUUAGGCAAAGGAAGACUUAGAAGCAUGACCAGUGUUCGUGGCCGGGCACAAAAGGUUGCACUGAAAGAACAAGUGAUCACUAAAGAAAGGCAAGAUAAAGAAGUUGAAAUGAUAUCGACAGACCAUCACGAGCUUGAAGAUGAUGAUGAUGAGGAAGAACUGAAAGGAUGGGAGGAGGAAUCAAAGUCAUCUGUGGAGGGAAUGAAGAUAUUCAGUAAAAAGAAGAAGCUUGGGGUGGUGAAGGCUAGAUCUUUGAGCAGCUUGCUGAGCCAAAUGGGCAGUUGAUGCAUGGAGUCUUGAACUGGUUGGUAGCUUACCAAUUUGAACAGAAGGAAAGUGAUGAUAGCAUGCAUGUUCAGUUGCAAUCCAAGAAACAAGUGUACAUUUUUGUUUAGAGGUUGGUAUUCAUAUAUAUGUAUAGAUCUACUAGUGCAACUCCUCUACUCGCUGCUGGUUCCAAAUCUCUUGUUCUUGGAUUAUGUCAUCUCUGACUUAUGAUCCAGAAGUUCUUGGAUAGAGUAAUGUAAUGGAUAAGUCGAUCUCUUUAGUUAA